AUGUUUGCUGUUUCUACUGGACAGUUGGAAAACGAUGUGGAAAAUACUGUUUGCAGAAUCGCAAAGUUCGCUGACUCUUUAGAUCUGGUUCCCGGUGGUGUAGCUAGAUUUGCAGGUCUUGUGGAACUCAUCCAUUAUUUCAGUGAACAAGCAGACAAACAUGUUAGAUGCUACAGAGCUGGAAAAGAAAUGCUGUCUGAGAUGUCAAUGUUGAUCCAGAAGAUAAAACCAAUUGAUCCUCGUGUCUGUUUGAUUUACACCAAAGCACUUGAUAGCUCAAAGCUGGUAACUCGGUGUUCUUUGGGAGCUGCUUUCAUCAGGUCACUCCAUUACGGUUACCAUUCAUGUGAAGGAUCAAUUGCAAGAGUUAUAGAAGGGCUCAAGUUCUUGAGGAUCAAGCUUUUUGGACUGAAGCAACCACACAUAUUUGAUGUGAAAAUGAAGGAAGACAUUAGAAAUUUGAUGUGCGAUGCUGGAGUCUUCAUUUUGCCAUUGUACCAACCACAUGUACUAUUAGACCUUGAGAAGCAAUCCAGCGACGCUGACUUGAAUGCUAAGAGUCAUGCUCAAAGUAUCCAAAACGAACUCAUCCGCUUAAAGUCUUUCUUGGGGGAAACUGUGGAGUUGCAAAGUAAUGAUCAGGAGGAAAUCCAAGCUCUCUGGCAUCGUGUUUUGGAGGUGGCAUUCAAGGUAGAGAACAUCAUCAACUACCUCAUGGUUGGCGACCUUCCAUAUUAUGCUUCAACAUUAUCUCAUUCUAUCACGAAAGACAUCAGCAAUAUUUGGACAGAAGUCCAAGUCAAGGCACCAGGAAUCAAACUCAAAAGAGAAGGGAUUAAAGUGAAGGAAGUAGCCAUGACUAAUCGUCACGUUCCAUCAGCGACUCCCUCUCCCUCUGUUAGAAAUCAGGUUGUAGGCUCCAUCAUGAGGCAAACUCAAUUACUGAUCGGCUCACGAGAGGGGCGACGAAAUUGCAGGAUUUUGUUGACAACUCGCAAUCACGAGGUGGCUGAGCUUGAUGAGAAACCUCAUAAGCUCAGAUCACUUAAUGAAGAGGAGAGCUUGGAGUUAUUUCGGAUGAAAUCAUCCACUGCAAGUGCCGAGUCCCCUGCAUUAGACAGAAAUCUUUGGAGGCAAGUUUUUCAAAUUUGCAAUGGAUUACCUCUUAUAAUUGUUGUUGUAUCUGGACUACUAAAAUCCACGGAGCCAAAGGAAUGGAAUAAAGUUCUGGAAAGUUUAACUUCAAGCAAUGUAUUAGAAAGCUGCAAGGACAUCCUGGAGCUAAGUUAUAAGCAAUGUAUUGUUGUUGGCCUUGUUCGCAUUUCGAGGCUACAGUUUAAGCAUUCCCACGUCAAAAUUGAAACAUCUUUACCUGAAGGGCCGGGCUUGGGGUAUUUGCCCAUUGAAAACCUUGACAAUUCCUGUUACUUAUAUGAGUUGGUUAGAGUUUCUGGUGUCAUUUUGCCUCCUGACUGGAGAAUGGAAGAGGUGAUGAAUAUGUUUCCAAAUAUCCGCAAGUUGAAAAGCAGAAUUCAAGGAUUCGAUGAUAAUCAUGCAGGAAAGCUUGUCCAGAUUGCAGCUCCUGUCUCUUUGUGGCUUCGCUCGUGGAAUGCUUCUGAUGAUCAAGUGAUGUGCCUUGAGGAUUUGGAACUGUGUGAUUGCCUUUUCUUGAAAGAGAUGCCUUCUUGUCUAGGCACCCUUGAGACGCUUCAAAUGAUCAAGGUCAUUCAUUGUCCUGUCGUCGUUGAAACAUUAGUGACAACCAUUAAGGAAUUACAGGUGGAGUUUGGAAACUCAGAUUUGAAGGUCAUUAUUCAAUCGAGACGCAGUUCACAUAGUACUAUGUUCUCUCGGUUGCUUUGGUUCCGUUCAGAUUCCAAAACAGGUUACCUCGUUACUCGUAUUGAUUUUGCCUUACACAAUGUAGAAUUGAUGUUCCACAGGUACGGGAAGCUUUCUAUGUUAUGGCACAUGAGAUUUAUGUUAAGGAAUCUCAAAAUAUUUGUUCUUUGUGCUAGAAAGCUGAACGGCAUUGACAAUAUUGUUCACAGAAUCGCAAAGUUCACUGACACUUUUCAUAUUAAAUCGCAUGAUAAAGCUAAAAAAUUUGAAGGUCCUGUGAAAGAAAUAGUCAAUUAUUUCAUUGAUCAAGCAAAUGGAUGGUACAUUACUUUGUUCGAUGCCACACGAAAAUCAAGUUCUUUCACAGCAGAUGAAAUUUUGGAAAUUAUUUGCUGCUUCCAGCAGAUACUUGAGGAAUAUCAGUCUUACUCUUACCACAGUCUACAGGAGGCAAUGAAUGCAUUGGGAGAGCAGAUGGAUUUCUUGAAAAGUUUCAUCCUUUUUGCCACACGGGAUGUUGUAGAAUCCAAGGGAAAUGUGUUGUUAGCUCAUGCUGGAUCGAUUACUAUUGAUGCUGCAUACCUCCUGCUUAAGGAUGGAGCUUACAAGUAUGAUGGAGAACUUUAUUCAAGCUGUCGAAACAUUCCAGAAAAUGUGAAAGAAGAAAUGAUGAUCAAGAUUUCAACAUUGAUACGAAAGAUCAAGCCAGUUGAUCCUUGUGUCUGCAAGAUUUACACUAAAGUACUCAAUAGAUCAAAGUUGGCAUCACGGUUACUCUGCGCGGAAAAGAGCAUAAAUAUUCUCAGUGCAUCGAAGAAAUUCUUUUCUUCUUUAUCAUGUCUUCUUUGGGAUCUGCUAGCAUUGGGUCCCCAUAUCGCAAUUCUCAUUCCUGUGAAGGAUCGUUUGCAAGAGUUGUAUGAAGGACUCAGGCUCUUGAGGAUAAGGCUUUUUGGGCAGAAGCAACAGGACAUAUUUGAUGCAAAAAUGAAGGAAGACAUCAGAGAUGUAAUGUGUGAUGCUGGAGUCUUCAUUUUCGCUAUAUACCAAACAAAUGUGCAAUUGGACCUUGAGUUUCUUCAGAGUUUGUUGAGAGCAAUCAAGGUUAUUCUAGCAAAAUUUGGGGAAGAGGGUUCAAAACCAAGAGUACCAAAAAGUAGUACUCAAGUGGCUUUUUUGGACUUCUUAUUGGAAAAAUUGAUGGAGCUGACAAUUAGGGAGGCUAGCUUACAAGCUAAGAGUCAUGCUCACACUAUCCGAAACGAACUCAUCCACUUAAGAAGUUUAUUGGCGGAUACUGUGGAGUUGCAAAAUAAUGACCAGGAGGAAAUCCAAGCUCUCUGGGGUCGUGUUUUGGAGGUGGCAUUCAAGGUAGAGGACGCCAUCAACUUCCACAUUGUCGGUGAUCAUCCACGUUACGUUUCAACAUUAUUUCAUUCCAUCUUGAUAGAUAUCCGCAAUAUUCUGCCUGAAAUUGAAGUGACGGCACAAGAAAUGAAACUCAAGAUAGAAGAGAUCAAAGGGCAGGAAGUCACCGCGAUGACUAACAGUCGAGUGCGAUCAACAACAACUCCUCCCUCACUUGCAAAUCAUCAGGUUGUAGGCUUCCAUCAGGAGGCAAAGUCAGUUAUUCAUCGGCUCACCAGAGGGGCGAAGAAAUUGCAGGUGGUGUCCAUUGUGGGUAGACCGGGAAUAGGCAAGACCACAUUGGCUGAAAAAGUUUACAAUGAUCCUUGUAUAUCGUACCAUUUUUCAGCCUGUGCACUCACAACUGUUUCUCAAACAAUUGACAGAAAGAGAGUGUUGCUUGAACUGUUAAAACAGGUUGCUCCUGGCAUAGAUUCUACUAUUACUUCGAAGAUGACCGCAGAUGAUGCAGCCAACCAGCCAUGGCGCAGUUUGAAGCGAAAGAGAUACUUCAUCAUUCUAGACGAUAUUUGGGAAGCUAAAGCCUGGCAUUGCUUGCAACAAGCGUUUCCUGAUGAUUCUAUGGGAAGUAGGAUUUUGCUCACAAGUCGUAGUUAUGAGGUGGCUCCUUUAAAUAUGCUCGAUGAGAAGCCUCAUGAGCUCAGACCACUUAAUGAAGAGGAGAGCUUGGAGUUAUUUCGGAUGAAAUUAUCAAGUGGAAGUGCUGAGUCCCCUGCAUUAGGCAAUCUUGGGAGGAAAAUUGUUCAAAUUUGCAAUGGAUUACCUCUGAAAAUUGUCAUUGUUGCUGGACUUCUAAAAUCCACAGCGCCAAGGGAAUGGAAUAAAGUUCUGGAAAGUUUAAGCUCAGGCAAUAAUAUAUCAGAAAGCUGCAAGGACACACUGGAGCUGAGUUAUAGGCAUCUUCCAGGGCAUUUAAAACCAUGCCUUCUCUAUCUUGCAACAUUUCGAGAAGAUCAACAGGUCUCAGUCAAGACGUUGCUCUAUAUAUGGAUGGCCGAAGGAUUCAUUCGAAAAGUGGAGAUGAAGCGCCUGUUGGAUGUUGCUGAAGAGUAUCUAAAUGAUUUGAUUGGCAGAAGCUUAGUUAUGGUUACUAAAAAAAAAUCCACUGGUGGAAUGAGCACAUGCCGCAUUCAUGACUUGCUUCAUGAAUUCUGUUCCCAGAAAGUCCAAGAUGAGCAGUUUUUCCAUUUCCUUGAAGGAGAACGUGAGGAGCUGUCAACACUCAAGGAGCCGCGCUACCUGUGGAGGUUAUGCAUUAACUCUGCAUCAGAGCAUGUACUGGACUCCAAAGUUUACUGGUAUCGUGUUCGAACACUGCGAGUCAGUUUAAACAACAAGCCAAUGAAGACGAAAAUCUCAGUCAUGUUUCGCAUUUGGAAAUUUCUAAGAGUAUUAAAUUUGGAGGAAACUGAGUUAUCUGUUGAGCUUCCAAGUGAAAUAGGACUACUUGUUUUGUUGGCUUUCUUCGCAGUUCGUGGCCACAGUUUCAGCAUCCCGACUUCACUUGGCGAUCUCUCUAAUUUAGAGACACUUAUUAUAAGUGAUCUUUCGGCUGAGAGGUUUUCAUUGCCCGACACAUUCUGGAAUCUACAGAAAUUAAAGCAUCUCUACAUGAAGGGCCGAGCUCUGGGUAUUUUACCCAUUGAGAAUCUUGACAAUUCCUGCUUUUCAUGUGAGCUGGAUAGAAUUUCUGGAGUUAUUUUGCCUCAUGAUGACUGGAGAAUGAAAGAGGUAAUGAAUGUGUUUCCAAACAUCCGCAAGUUGAAAUGCAAAAUUCAAUCAUUUGAUAAUCAUGCAGAAAGGCUUGUCCAGAUUGCAGCUCCUGUCUCUUUGCGUCAGCUGAAAUCACUUGAUAUGUCUGUAGAUUACAAUAAACUACCCGAACGCAUUAUGUUUGAGUUGAGUUUUCCGGCAAAUCUGGAGAAAUUGUCGUUGUCAGGCAUUCCUUUGUCGAAGAAGUGUCUUUCAGGCAUUGGCAAAUUGCCAAAUCUUGGAGUCCUGAAAUUGGAUGGUACGGAUUUUGAAGGGGACACAUGGACAAUGGAAGAAGAGGAGUUCUCAAAACUUCGUAUAUUGAAAUUGAAGUCCAAGUGGCUGCGCUCGUGGGAUGCUUGCGAGGAUCAUCAAUUGGGGUGUCUUGAGGAGUUGGAGUUGAGGUCUUGCACACGUUUGAUUGAGAUGCCGUCUUGUCUAGAAACCCUUCCGAUGCUUCAAAUGAUCGAGGUCAUUCAUUGUCAUCGCAAUGUUGAAAGCUUCAUGAAACAAAUUGAGGAAGUACUGGUGGACUUUGGAAACCCAAACCUGAAGGUCGUAAUUCAAUCAUGGCGCAGGUAA